AGUGCUUCCUUGAUCGAAGGCUACUUAUCCAGUCAUCCCUUCGCCUAAGAUAGCUGACCAGCAGCUCAACUCGACACAGAGAGGGCGGACCAGUACGGCCGAUGUCUAGUUCCGCGGCUGAAGCUUCCGGCGAAGGUAAUGCAGCUUUGCUCAAUUUCAGGCUGACCGAGUCCACCUUCCUCGCUUCUCAAAUGCCGAAAAAGGAAAUCGCUGCCGACCGUUUCAUUGAAGCGCACCCCCUCUACGACGGCCGUGGCGUUGUCAUAGCAAUUUUCGAUUCUGGGGUCGAUCCAGCUGCAGCUGGUUUACAUGUGACAUCUGAUGGCAAACCAAAAGUUCUCGAUUUUUUAGAUUGUACCGGGAGCGGAGAUGUUGAUACAUCCACUGUGGUGAAGGCGGGUGCUUGUGGCCACAUUCGAGGAGCCUCUGGGACAUCACUGACUGUGAACUCUUCGUGGAAGAAUCCAUCUGGAGAAUGGCAUGUUGGUUGCAAAAUGGUAUUUGAGCUAUUUACUGAUGAUCUAACUUCUCGAAUGAAGAAAGAAAGAAGAAAAAAGUGGGAUAAGAAUAAUCAAGAAGCUAUCGCUGAGGCUGUAAAGCAGCUUGAUGAUUUUGAUAAGAAACAUGCAAAAUCUGAGGAUAGAAACUUGAAAAGGGUUCGUGCAGACCUGCAGAAUAAAGUCGAACUUCUGCGCAAACAACCUGAUAGCUAUGAUGAUAAAGGCCCUGUGAUUGAUGCUGUUGUAUGGCAUGAUGGAGAAGUAUGGAGGGCUGCUCUUGACACACAGGGUCUUCAAGAUAAACCUGAAUGUGGAAAGCUUGCUGAUUUCAUUCCUCUAACUAAUUACAGGACUGAACGGAAGCAUGGUGUAUUUAGUGCAUUGGAUGCAUGCACGUUUGUUUUGAAUGUAUACAAUGAUGGAAAUAUUCUGAGUAUUGUAACAGAUUCUUCUCCACAUGCAACCCACGUUGCUGGAAUUGCCGCAGCUUUCCAUCCUGAGGAACCCUUGCUAAAUGGAAUUGCGCCUGGAGCACAGUUGGUAUCAUGUAAAAUAGGUGAUUCUCGCUUAGGUUCAAUGGAAACUGGAACAGGAUUAACUAGGGCAGUGAUUGCAGCUGUUGAGCAUAAGUGUGACCUAAUAAACAUGAGCUAUGGGGAACCUACAUUGCUCCCAGAUUAUGGUCGCUUUGUUGACCUUGUCAAUGAGGUUGUCAAUAAGCACCGUAUAGUAUUUGUAAGCAGCGCUGGCAAUGAAGGACCAGCAUUGACUACUGUAGGUGCACCUGGGGGUACUACAUCGAGCGUUAUAGGAGUUGGUGCAUAUGUUUCCCCUGCUAUGGCUGCUGCGACUCACUUGUUGGCUCAGCCACCUUCUGAAGGCAUUGAAUACACUUGGUCCAGUAGAGGACCAAGUGCUGAUGGAGAUGUUGGGGUCUCAAUAAGUGCUCCUGGGGGAGCUGUGGCUCCUGUUCCUACAUGGACCCUUCAACGACGCAAGUUGAUGAAUGGAACAUCCAUGUCAUCUCCUUCUGCUUGUGGUGCAGUUGCUCUACUUAUAAGUGGCAUGAAGGCUGAAGGCAUUUUUGUGAGCCCGUACAGUGUACGGAAAGCUCUAGAAAAUACAGCUACUCCUGUAGGAUCUUUGCCAGAAGAUAAGUUAACAUGCGGAGAAGGGCUUCUCCAAGUUGACAAGGCUUAUAAGUAUAUUCAGAAGUCAAAGCACUUCCCUUGUGUGUGGUAUCAAGUCAAGAUAAACCAGGCCGGGAAGUCAACCCCUACAUCUCGAGGUAUUUACCUGAGGGGGAUUAAUUCUUGUAACCAAUCAACUGAGUGGACAGUUGAGGUUCAACCAAAGUUUCAUGAUGAUGCAAGUAAUUUAGAGCAAUUGGUUCCAUUUGAAGAAUGCAUUCAGUUGCAUGCUACUGGAGACUCAGUGGUUAAAUUUCCCGAGUACCUCCUCCUCACCCAUAAUGGACGCAGCUUCAAUGUAGUUGUCGACCCUACCUGUCUUCACGAUGGCUUGCAUUAUUACGAAAUAUAUGGGAUGGACUGCAAGUCCCCAUGGCGUGGUCCUCUUUUCAGAAUUCCAAUAACUAUAACCAAGCCAACAGUAGUGCGAAUUCGCCCUCCUUUGAUUCCAUUUCAAGGGAUGUCAUUUUGUCCAGGACAUGUUGAACGGAAGUUUAUUGAUGUACCAAUUGGUGCUACUUGGGUCGAGGCCACCAUUAGAGCAUCAAGUUUUGAUACAGCUAGAAGAUUCUUCAUUGACAUGGUUCAGAUCUCUCCUUUGCAAAGACCGCAGAAAUGGGAAAGUGUGGCUACUUUUUCUUCACCUUGUGCUAAAAGCUUUUUCUUCGCAGUGGAGGGUGGUCACACAAUGGAAUUAACAAUAGCUCAGUUUUGGUCUAGUGGAAUAGGAAGCCGUGAGAUAACCAUCAUUGACUUUGAGAUUGUAUUUCAUGGCAUCAAUGUGAACAAAGAGGAAGUGUUUCUUGAGGGGAGUGAAGCACCUAUACGAAUUGAUGUUGAAGCUUCUAUAUCAACUGAGACACUUGCUCCUAGUGCUAUUCUUAACAAGAUUAGAACUGCAUAUUGUCCCAUUGAUGCUAAACUUCAUACCCUUUCAGAAGAUAGGGACAAAUUACCGUCAGGGAAACAGACACUAGCAUUAAUAUUAACUUACAAAUUUAAAGUGGAAGAUAUGGUUGAAGUGAAGCCUCUGAUUCCAUUACUUAACAACCGCAUUUAUGAUAAUAAGUUCGAGUCUCAGUUUUACAUGAUAUCAGAUUCUAACAAGCGUGUUUAUACAAUGGGUGAUGUCUAUCCAAAAUCUUCAAAACUUCCUAAAGGUGAAUACAGUUUACAGCUUUAUUUGAGGCAUGAUAAUGUGCAGUACUUGGAGAAAAUGAAGCAGUUGGUGUUAUUCAUAGAAAGAACCUUGGAGGCCAAGGAUACCAUUCAACUUAACUUUUAUGGUCAACCUGAUGGUCCAGUGACGGGUGACAGUAAUUUCUCAUCUUCUGUACUGAUUCCGGGGGUUAAGGAAGCAUUUUAUAUGGGUCCUCCUUCAAAGGACAAACUCCCAAAGAACUACUCUGAAGGAUCUGUAUUAGUUGGGACAGUGUCGUAUGCAAAGCUUAAUGAGGGGCAAGGUUCACCAACAAACCCUGUAUCUUAUCGAAUAUCUUAUAUGUUGCCUCCAACCAAGCUUAACGAAAAGGAGGAAAGUUCUUUAACUAGCACCAAGAAUGUAUCAGAAAAACUAUAUGAGGAGGUCCGUGAUGCUAAAAUAAACGUUCUUGUUAGCUUAAACCAAAGCACUUUCGAGGAAUGUUCAGAAUGGAGAAAGUUAACUCUUACUCUUAAGUCAGAAUACCCAAAAUAUACCCCAUUGCUUGCUAAAAUAUUGGAAUGCUUGCUUUCACGAAACAAUGUUGCAGACAAGAUCCAUCACUGUGAAGAGAUUAUUGCUGCAGCAGAUGAGGUUUUUGAAAGCAUUGAUAGGGAAGAGCUAGCCAAAUACAUAUCAGUCAAAAUCGAUGAUGACGAUGAAGCUGCAGAAAAAAUGAAGAAGAAAAUGGAAACAACCCGGGAUCAGUUGGCAGAAGCACUCUACCAGAAAGGAUUGGCUUUGGCAGAGAUCGAAUCAUUAAAGAAUGACGGAGAUUCUGACAAGACGGAUGCCCAACCUGCAACGGCACCUCACUUUGAGUCAGACUUGUUUAAGAAGAACUUCAAAGAACUAAAGAAGUGGGUGGAUGUCACUUCAUCCAGAUAUGGAACACUUUCUGUUAUACACGAAAGACGUUUAGGAAGACUAGGAACUGCAUUGAAGAUUUUGAAUGACCUGAUUCAAGAAGAUGGCGAUCCUCCAAAGAAGAAGUUUUAUGAUCUAAAGCUCUCGUUGCUCGAGCAAAUAAGAUGGUACCAUCUGGUGGCAUAUGAGAAAGAGUGGAUGCUUGUUCGCUUCCCAUCUAGCUUACCCCCUUUUUAGGGUUCUUACUUCGAACAUGCAUUAUGAUGAUUGCUGGUUAAUGCAAUCAUUUAUGUCGAACGAAAUACUCAUAAUGUCAUUUACCGUGUAUACACAGUGCCCCUCGUUUCAAGGCUGAGUAAAUAAAAUACAAUAAUAAGGUUGCAGCUACUCUGAAAUUUAUGAUAAUUCAUCAAACAUCAUUAGAUUAUAAAACUUGGCAAGUGUUCCUCAACAUUUAGGAUGUUUUUACUUGGACUGUAAUUCGUCCCAGACCAGAUCAGACCAGACCAGACUUGGAUAGUUAUAAAAAUACUAAGAAACCAGACCAGACCAGCAAAUUACAGUCCAAGUAAAAACAUCUUUACUACCUCACUGAUGAGUGGUUAACCUUCAGGAUUAAAAAUAAAAAUUCACAUACAUUAUAAAUAAAAUGUAUAUGAAUAGUGUAUAAAUUGUAAUGUCACAACUAAUACGAUAUGGAGAAUAACAUUGUUUAUAAACAAGUCUUUUAACCGUACAUGACAAAUCUAUGGAACUCUGCUUUAUAGCAAUGUCCCAACAUUUUGAGUGCACUUUACUUUCUUAGAAUGUGCUUUACUUUGAGAGAUCACGUCAGUACGCUAUGUUUCUAAUGUUGCUAGAGAGUGCUCUAAACUUUAGGAGCGCGCUCUGUCCUAAACUUUAGGAGCGCUCUAUGUUUGUACACAAACACUAGUUGCUUGUAUACACACAAAAAGUGUUUAUGCACAUAUAUUUUUCUCUUUGUGCAGAUAAAUUUAUAGAUUUUUUUUAUUCAUACAGGCAGAUUUUAUUCAACAAAAUGUUCGUACUUCUACUUUUUUUGUUUGUGCGAAUGGUAAAUAAAUAAGGUGUAACUUGAAGUGUACACAAAAUAUUAUUGAAGUUCUUAUCGUGUGCUCUGUUAUCAAAGUUUCAAAUAAUAUACUCUCUAUGUCCCUUAAAACAUCAAGUUUAAUCGACACGGGAAUUAAUAUAGUAAAACAUGUGUGGUUGAGUUUUGUGCAAAUGAGAGAGAAUUAACCUGGAUCAUGAAUUCUUUACUAAACCGAGAAAAUGACAUAAUUAGUCAAUUAGGACUAAAAAAAAUACGAAGUUGUAAGAGAGAGUAUAUUUUAGAUUUUCUAAAUAUAAACUUACAAACAAACUCAAAAUCAAUAAAUUGUAAACACAAAAUUGAACAAAAAUAUACAAGAAUAUCCUAUACCAUCCAGAAUUGCUUUAAACUAAAUUAUUAUUACACCUUAUGCGUCUUUUGAAGCUACAUGCGUGUUAAAGUGUUCUAGUUGAGAUAGAGCUUAAUACUACCUCUGUCCCGAAAAGGUUCACCGUAUUGAUUUUUCUUAGUUAAUAUUGACAAACUUUAGACAAUGAUUUUAAUUAUCAUAUUUGUAUAUAAUUUAUAAAUUUUAUGCUUUUAUGAAAAUAUUUUGAAAAAAGAACAUUUUGAUAUAAUUUUCAUAGGGAAAAAUAAUAAAAAUACCCCAAACUUUGAAGGGGUGUGAGAUAAGCACUCCAAACUUGCAUAUGUAAUUUAAAUACCCCAAACUUUAUAUAAAAAGUUAUUUUUUCACCAUUUUCAUAUAUUAUAUCUUUCAAAAAUGUAAAUUUAUUGGGUUAAUUGCAUAAUUUAAAAUAUCAAAUUAAAAGUGUUGCAAUUAUAUAGAUUAAGGGUAACAUUAUUAAUUUCUCAAUGAAAGUUUAGAAUGUUAAUUGUGUCUUCAUAAAUUUUAAAAUAUUUUAAAUUAUGCCAUUAACACAAUAAAUUUACAUUUUCAAAGAAAUAAUUAUUGACUAUGGUGCUAAAAUAACUUUUUAUAUAAAGUUUGGUGUAUUUAAAUUACAUAUGCAAGUUUGAAGUGUUCAUCUCACACCUCUUCAAAGUUUGGGGUAUUUUAAUUAUUUUUCUCAUUUUCAUAUUCAAAAUAUUUUCAUAUUCAAAAAUACCAUUGAUCAAAGUUGAUUGUCAUUGACUAAGAAAAGUCAAUUUGGCGAACCUUUUUGGGACAGAGAGAGUAUUAUUAUGGUUAAAAUGGAGCUUGCAUUCCUAAUAUCAGACCUUAUAGGUACCCACAGUACCAGAAGACAGAAAUUGAAAGGAUUAUAAAAGAAAUGUUGAAUGAGGGUAUAAUUCAACACAGCAAUAGCCCUUAUAGUAGUCCUAUUCUACUGGCAAAGAAGAAAGAUGGGGGGUGGAGAUUCUGUGGUGAUUACAGGGCUCUCAACAGAAUUACUAUACCUGAUAAGUAUCCUAUACCCAUCAUUGAAGAACUUUUGGAUGAAUUGGGUGGGGCAACCAUUUUUUCUAAGCUGGAUAUGAAAUCUGGAUACCACCAGAUAAGAAUGAAGGAGGAGGAUAGACAGAAAACUGCAUUCAGGACUCACGAGGGGCAUUAUGAGUAUUUGGUAAUGCCCUUUGGUUUGACAAAUGCGCCAUCAACUUUUCAAGCCCUUAUGAAUCAAGUUCUGAGGCUGUUUCUGAGGAAGUUUGCAUUGGUUUUCUUUGAUGAUAUCUUAGUUUACAGCAGAUCAGUGGAGGGACAUCAAGAACAUUUAAGGAAGGUUCUGGGGGCUUUACAAGAUAAUCAGCUGGUGAUUAAUGCAAAGAAAUGUUCGUUUGGACAGUCUAAAUUAAAUUACUUGGGUCAUAUUUUAUCUGGUGGGGGGGUAGCUGCAGACCCCACAGAGAUUGAGGCAAUGACAAUGUGGCCUGAACCCAAGGACUUGAAGGGAUUGAGGGGAUUUCUGGGACUGACAGGUUAUUACAGAAGGUUUGUGCAGGGAUAUAGCAAGAUUGCUCUACCUCUAACACAAUUGUUGAAGAAAGAUAGUUUUCAGUGGGGACCAGAGGCUACCAAGGCUUUUGAGGAGUUAAAGAGGACCAUGACUACCCUGCCAGUACUGGCAACACCAGAUUUUGAUAAAAUGUUUAUAGUGGAGACUGAUGCAUCUGGGACUGGUCUGGGAGCUGUACUGAUGCAGGAAGGAAGGCCCAUUGCCUAUAUGAGCAAGGAGUUAUCCCAGAGAAAUCAGCAUAGAUCAGUGUAUGAGAGGGAGUUGAUGGCUAUAGUACUAGCUGUCCAGAAAUGGAGGCCAUACCUUUUGGGAAGAAUGUUUGAAAUCCACACAGAUCAGAAAAGUUUGAGAUUUUUGACUGAGCAAAGGCUAAUGGGGGAAGAGCAACAAAAAUGGACUUCCAAACUAAUGGGGUUUAAUUUCAUUAUCAAGUACAAACCAAGAGUUGAAAACAGAGUUGCAGAUGCAUUAUCCAGAAGACCAUUCUUACAUUCCCUAUCCAUUGUUACUUGUCAAGAAUGGGAGGGGUUAGAAGAGGAAUUGCUGAAGGAUCCUAAAUGUUUGACAUUGUUUCAGAAUCUGGUUUCAAAGCCAGACCAAUACCCAGAUUUCCAGAAUAAGAAAGGGUUACUCUACUACAAAGGGAAACUAGUGUUACCUAGUGCAUUCCCUAGAGUGACCAAAAUAUUGAAUGAAUAUCAGCAGUAGGAGGGCAUUCUAGGUAUUUCAGGACCAUGAAGAGGGUUUCUAAUUUGUUUUAUUGGCAGGGAAUGAGGAAGGACAUAAAGAAGUUUGUGGAGGAAUGUCCUACAUGUCAGACAAACAAAUAUCAAGCCUUAAAACUAGUUGGACUGAUUCAGCCAUUACCUAUUCCUCAGAAUAUUUGGACUGAUAUCAGUAUGGACUUUAUAGGAGGUCUGCCUACAUCACAGAGGAAGGACACUAUAAUGGUGGUAGUGGAUAGGCUGACAAAAUCAGCUCAUUUUUUGUCUCUAUCCCACCCUUUUACUGCAAAGGAAGUAGCUGAUUUAUUUACUAAGGAGAUUGUCAAAUUGCAUGGUUUUCCAAAAAACAUUGUUAGUGACAGAGACCGAAUCUUUCUGAGUACUUUUUGGUCUGAAAUCUUCAAACUGGCUGGAACCCAACUCAAAUACAGCACUACAUAUCACCCCUAGACUGAUGGCCAGACUGAAGUGGUCAACAGAUGCUUGGAGACUUAUUUGAGGUGCCUUACAGGGAGUAAGCCUAAGCAGUGGGUUAAAUGGUUGGCAUGAGUUGAAUUCUGGUACAAUACAAAUUACCACACUUCAUUGAAAAUGACACCUUAUAAAGCUCUAUAUGGGCAGGAACCUCCUACUGUGGUAAGAGGGGAUGUCACUUUGACUGCGGUGGAGGAAGUGUCUAAGCUAACUGCUCAAAGAAAUAUGAUACUUAAAUUAAAGAGUUGAAGGAAAAUCUGGAAAAAGCCCAAAAUCAGAUGAGACAACAAGCUAACAAGCAUAGAAGGGAGGUGGUUCUAAAUGUGGGGGACCAAGUUUAUUUGAAGAUUCAGCCAUAUAAACUUCAGAGAUUAGCCAAAAGAAUCAAUCAGAAACUCAGUCCUAGGUACUAUGGUCCAUUUGAGAUAAUGGAGAAACUCAGUUCUGUAGCCUUCAAGCUUAAACUCCCAGAAGAUAGUAAAGUGCAUCCAGUGUUUCACAUUUCCCUACUAAAGAAGGCCCUAUCCCCUACAACUGUUUUUCAGCCUCUACCUAACUGCCUCAGUGAAGAAUGGGAACUACAAGUCAGUCCAGAGGAGGUUUUGGACUCAAGGAUGAACAAAGAUGGCAAGAUAGAAGUCCUAGUUCACUGGAAGGGUCUACCACAGUUUGAAGACUCUUGGGAACCAUUACAAGCUCUAGCAGAUCAAUUUCUAGGUCUUCACCUUGAGGACAAGGUGAAAUUUCAGGGGGGGAGUAAUGAUAGGCAGGUGUCCCAGUCUAUUAAAUAUUUUGAUAAGGUGUACAAAAAGAGGAAUAAGUAAUCAGUUGUGAUUCUUAUAAGGGGUAAGUCAGGCGGGUAUGCCUUAAGUGACAGGUGACUAUAAAUAGAAGGUAGAAGAGUGGAGAAAGGUACCUGAGAAUUCGGUUGGCUAGUAAUUGGAGAUUGAGCAUCUCAAAUGGUCCAUAAGCUUGUAUACCUCUUUGGAUUUCUUCCUUAUUCAAUAAACAUUCAUGUGCACUGUUCUACUUUGAUUGUUGUGUAUUCUAUUGUUCUGAAUUGA